AUGGCAUCACCUGACAUGAUUGGAUAUCCGUUAUUCAUCCUUCUCGACCACCACUUUCUCAACUUCUCUUUCCUCUUCUUCCAGAGUGUCGAGUCUUCGACUGUCGAGCGUCGAGGGGAUUACGAUAGAACAAGCAGAUCAGACUUUCGGGACGGAGCAGACGACGGUGAAGAGCGCGUGUUGGCUGCAGUCGCGUGGCUGUUCCCCGUCUGCUGCGUGUUGUGGACUGCUCCUUCCAGUGUCACACUCCAUUGCGUGACUGCCUCAUCUCGUCUUUGGCUCCUGCCACAAUCACUGGACAAUCAGCUCAGUACCUUCCCUAUUGACACCUACUUGACCUAUUGA